GCUUUUGUCUGGUCCGACAUGGGCUGGCCCUCAUUGUGCAUCUCUGCAAUUUUUUGAUUCUCUCACAACAAAUGAAUCUGAGCAUUGCCAUGCCAGCUACGGUGAACAACACAACCCUGCUUGGCCCACUCAAUGCCUCCAUGGAAAGGCCUUCCACAGACUCCCAGGACAGCUGGAAUGAAACUCUAUAGGAAUUCAAGGGAGUGGCUCCUACAUGUGACUGGAGUCCUGAAGUCCAAGGGAUCAUUCUCAGCUCCAUCAACUAUGUCUCAAUCUUGGCUCAAAUUCCUACUGGGUAUAUAGCUGGAAUUUUUGAAGCUAAGUAUUUGGUUGGUGUUGGCCUGCUUCUUUCCUCCAUCUUGACCUUCUUCAUUCCACUGGCAGCUGAUGCAGGAGUGGCCUUGCUCAUGGUCCUUCAGAUAGUUCAAGGAAUAGCUCAGGUUAUGGUAUUGACAAGCCAGUAUUAAAUUUGGGUCAAAUGGGCUCCCCCUCUAGAAAAGAAUCAACUCAUCCGCAUUGCUGUAUCAGGUAAUUUGUUGGGAUCCUUCAAUACUUGGCUUGGCGGCGGUUUCCUCUGCCAGACCAAAGGGUGACCUUCUAUCUUCUAUAUCUCUGGUGGAAUUGGCUGUGCCUGUUUUGUUCUCUGGUUUCCUCUUGUUUAUAAUGACCCCAUAGAUCAUCUAUCUAUCAGUACCGGUGAGAAGGAAUAUAUCAUGUAUUCACUGGAUCAACAGGACUGUUCACAGGCGUCUCUUCCCGUAAAGGCUAUGAUCAAAUCCCUACCACUUUGGGGCAUUUUAGUCUUUUAUUUCAGUGAAUAUUGGAUUUUUUAUUUUUUCAUAGCAUAUAUGCCAACAUACAUUAGCUCUGUACUUUAAGCUAACCUCAGAGAUAGUAGAAUCCUGUCAGCCCUGCUGAUAAGUAUUGCCUUCAUCAGCACUAUCCUUGGAGGUCUACUGGCAGAUUUUCUUCUCUCCAGAAAAAUUCUCAGACUCAUGACCAUCAGGAAGUUCUCCACUGCCAUAGGGGUUGUCGUCCCAUCUGUGGUUCUCGUGUCCCUGCAUUGGGUCAGAUCCAACCUCAGCACCAGUAUGGUCUCCUUGGCCCUAUCUUCUACCACCACUUUCUGCUAUGCAGGAGCCCUCAUUAACUUCUUGGAUAUUGUUCCUCGGUACACCGGCUUUCUCAGGGGCAUGUCACAAGACUUUGGUCACCUAUCGGGAGCCAUUUCUUCUGCUGUUGCUGGAUUUUUAAUUAAUCAGGAUUCAGAGUCAGGCUGGAGGAAUGUCUUCUUGACUUCAGCUUCUAUUUACGUGUUGGGCCUGGUCUUCUACAUCAUCUUCGGCAGAGCAGAGGUCCAGGACUGGGCUACAGGGCAGACACUCAGUUCUGAGCAAACCCGAUGCCUUCCAUUCUCAUGCUCAGCCAUGCACCGUUUGCCCUCAUGGACAUUCCCUCUUGGUACCUGCUUCACUGGAUAGCCAUUUAAUUUGAAGACGCUUUGUUUCUAAUAUCUUCUGAGAGAGCUUGGCUGCAUAAUCCUGAAGGUUCUGCCUGCAGAUUUUGCAAUGGUGGGUGGCAGCUGGGGAAGCCUAGUUACUCAACUGAGGGCUCCUGAAAGCACAAGUGUGUCUGAAUUUUUAUGUGUUCCCCACUCUGCCCACUAUUAUUGUGACUUCAUAAGAAACACAUAUUUGGUCUCUGCCCCCACUUUCUGGCACAGAGCUCCAGAAUUUAAGAUAAGUGAAAUUUCAGAUUUCUUGAGUGAGAGAUGAUAGGAGCACCUUUUGUCAUAAUAUUUGGACUUGGUCCCUGGUUCCCGACACAAGCGCUUCUAAGACCCUUGGAAUUUCUGGAGUGACGAGAGUGCCUUCUGUAGUAUUCUAUCGGGAUGACUGGUGGCUGGGGACCCACCCACAACUUUAGGAGGGGUGCUGGUCAGCAGAAACACCAAGGCAUGAUUAGAAAGUUGGAACUUCUAGCUCCACCAUCCCACCUACAGGGAGGAAUGAGGGCUAGAGAUUGAGUCAUUCAUCAAUUGCCACUUAACUAAAUCAUGCCUAUGCAAUAAAGCCUCUAUAAAACUUUAAAUGAUAUGGUUCCAAGAGCUUCUGACUUGAUGAGCAUCAGGAGGUGCUGGGACAGUGGUGACCUGGAGAGGACAGGGAAGCUCUGUGUUCCUCCCAAUAUUCCUUGCCCUAGGCAUAUUUUCCCUUUGCUUAUGAUGUAGUAACAGUAAGCAAACUGUUUUCUUGAGUUCUGUGAAUCAUUCUAGCAAAUUACCAAAUGUGAGGGGGGUGGGGUCAUGGGAACCCACAACUUUGAAACUAAGUCAAACAGAAGUAGGGGUACCUCAGGCACCCAUGACUUUAAUUGGUGUCUGAAGGGGCAUCUGGGUGGCUCAUUCAGUUGGUCGUCUACCUUCAGCUCAGAUCCUGAUCUCAGAAGUCCUGGGAUUGAGCCCUGUAUCGAGCUCACUGCUCAGUGGGGAGUCUGCUUCUCCCUCU